AACCCCAAAACAUCUUAUACUGAUAUAUAUCUUAUUUAUCUUUCUUUUAGGUGAAUAGGCUGUAUAAGAUCAUGGACAUGAGGAUAAUACAGCACAACAUUGAUUGUAUUGCAUUAGCGCUUCUUAUGAGAACCAGCACUUGAAAAGUGAAAGCCCAUUUUUGAUUAUUCCUUAGAAACUUCACACUGCUUUGACCAACAAGAUUUUUUUUUUAAUAUAUAUUAUUACAAAGAAUGUUUUUUAGUCUUCAUUUUCUCCUGUAUUCUGAAGGGCCAGAGAUCACACAAGAAGAGACAGAAUGUCUGCAAAUAGGCUUUGAAGCUGUAUUGAAAGGAGUAACUUCCUUCCUUUUUGAUGUUUCUCAGCCAUUCUCAGAGCCAUAGCACGGUGUAUGUGACUUCUGGAGGCAGGCAAAGCUGAUACAGGAUGCAACCCACUGUAUUAAACCUGCUCUUUCCAUAGCUCAGAGGGACUUGCUCAUCAAUGGCAGGGGAUGUCACAUAUGCGGAUGUGGCAAUGCUGCCUAGGGAAAAACCACACGUUCCUUCUCAGACACCAGUUCCAGGAAACAUGAUCAUGUACGCUGAGCUGUGCGUGAAGCCGAAACUCAAAGGCAACAGCAGACCAGAGACUUCCUCUUCCGGCUGUCGACACAGGUGCUCAGCCUGGUUCUAUGUGGUGCUGGUCCUGGGAGUCCUUGUGCUCAUUCUGCUCGGAAUCAUAGCCAUACAAGCCAAGCAAUUUUUGAAGGGCAGAGCAGGAAAAUCAGAAGGUUUGUCCCAGUAUAGUCUGAAUAGCAGCGGCAAUCACAUUUCUUCAGAGAAGACCUUCCCUGCAGUGCUCCUGAAAUGGCUCAUGGAGGAACUGUGUGAAGAUGGACAGGGAACUACAUGUGAGCUCUGUCCUCCCGGGUGGCAGCUGCACAGGGGCAGAUGUUACUACUUCUCUGAGGAGGCUAGAAGCUGGGAUGACAGCCAGAAAAAGUGUCUGGCCAGGAAAUCCCAGCUUCUUGUCAUUGAAGAUGAAAUUGAGAUGGAAUUUAUAGACAAUAAAGAGAAAGAUCCCAAAUAUAUCUGGAUUGUGUUGAAGACUCAAGACAAGAAGAAACAAUGGAGUUCAGUUGGAGAUCAUGGAGUAAAAGUAAACAGCAGGAGAGCUCUAAAGAGAAUUGAGACCGACAAGAACUGUGCUGUUUACAGAAGGAAAAAUGUGAUCCAAGCAGACAACUGUCAGACAUUGAAAAAGUGGAUCUGUAAGAAGAACGCAACUUUGCUGGAGCUCUGAGCCAAAUUUCCAGACAACAGGCAGUUUUCUGUCAGAAGACCCAUUUACUGACAAACCAACUUGCAGUGUAAAUAAUUUUAAUGAGACUUGUGUGGAAUAUUGCUGUUUUGUGCUCCCUAAGAAGUCAGAAGUUGCCAGGUGUCAGUGGUGACAGGUCACAGGACUGCAAGUUGGCACCUGUAGAUUUGGGGGUGCUGAGCCUUCAUAUGGACAGACUUUGGAAGCAGCUGCCUCUAGGAAAGGGCAGAGAGGAAGGAUGAGGAUGAGCACUGUGCAGGUGAGCUGUGUGAUGUGCAGGAAAAGUGGCAUCUGCAGGGGCUGAAGAGUGUGCUGGAGCCCACUGCUGUCAUACAGGUCCCUCAGGCAGCUGCUGAGCUCAGGACUUGUUAUUUGGGUUUCAGCAUUUUAGUGUUUUCUGAAGUUUGGGUGGCUUUUUUUCCUUAAAGCCUAAUUGUGACUCACAGAAGCCAAUCAAGGGCUGGAAAAAAUACAUUUAUUGGACAGUAUCUUAUUAAGAGCUGCUACCCAGCUUCUGUGUGUAGAUACCAGACCAAACAUGAAGUGACUUGUAAAACUUGUGGUUAAUAAGCUGAUUGCUCCCAUCUUCUGAUGUUGAACCUUGGAAUCUGAAAGCAAACUCUUACCUAGGGAA